AUGUCCGAUUCUGAUCUUUCAGAGCAAGAACGGCUUGAUAAUCUCGAUCCUCUUCGUCAUUUUCGCGUAGAGGAUGAAUCGAUUCUCCCCUCUCAGCCACCGUCGACAAAGGAGCAGAUCCAGUCGUUUAACUAUGGCUCACUCACAGUACAGCUGCUGGUAGAUGCCAGUCCAGGGUGUGGAGGUAUUGCUUGGCCUGCAGGUCACGUCCUCAGCAAUUAUCUCGUCCAUCGCGGCCCCUCCUAUUUACAGGACCGCCAUAUACUCGAACUCGGCAGUGGAACGGGCCUUGUAGGUCUUGUUGCAGCCAAACUAGGUGCAUCCAAGGUCACAGUCACCGAUCAACUCCCGCUGCUCGAAAUCAUGCAGCGAAACAUCAAUCUCAAUUCUCUGGGUCAGAUUGUGGUUUCCAAAGAACUCGACUGGGGAAAGGAGCUGCCAGAAUUGGGACCAAUCAAUGUCAUUCUUGCAGCUGAUUGCGUCUACUUUGAGCCUUCGUUUCCUUCUCGUCAAUACGCUAGAAGCCUUGUCGCGCCAGCCAGGAAGGGAUUGCGAGAUAUUGCCGACAAGCGAUUCUUCACCCUACUCAAGAAGAAGUUUACAUGGACUGAUGUUGAUGACGAUCCUCAAAGCGAGGAUUUUACCAAAAUUUAUUCAACUUUGGGUCUCGGAAAAGAGACCGUUUCGUCUCUCCAGGCAUUCCGCAAGCGCCAUGGGGACGCACAACGAAUCCACGGCACGCUGGCGUCGCAACCGACCACUGUCGAUUUUGCGCACUACCGUUCGGUACUAAAGAACCAAGCAAUCGUCGACGAAGCGGAAAAGCUGCUCAAGGACUUUAAGCCAAAGACAUACGACGUCUCGUCGCAUAUCAAGGCCAUUGAUCAAUUCGAGGAAAAGGCCGUUUCCAAGGCCGAGGCGACCGCUGCAGAGAUUGACGUCGAACUCAAGGCUCUUCAAGCAACUCUUGCCAACAUUGAAGAGGCCCGGCCGUUUGAGGAUUUGACUUUGGAGGACGUCCGCAAGGCUCACCCCCAAAUUGCCGAAACCGUCAAGACCAUGGUUUCAAAGGGCAAAUGGACCGUGCCAGGCUACAAGGAGAAGUUUGGCGACCUCAACAUCAUGUAG